AUGGCGGUGGCAAACAAAGACAACUCUGUUGAGCAUAUAACUCAAAGAGGGCGGAUUAUUGGUGAGUGGCAGCGUGGUGUUCCAACACAAGAUAUUGCCGUCAGCAUUGGAGUGUCAACACCCACAGUCCAAAGGUGGAUAUUAAGAUGGCAGGAAGAGGGGACAUUGGCAAAUAGACCAAGGAGAGGACGACCACGUGUAACAACUCUACAACACGACGAACAAAUCACUGCAGCAGCAUCCACAGCGAACCCCAAGAAAGCAGCGGUAACCAUCACGCAAGAAUUGCAUCUCCCGUGCGCUCCACAGACAACCAGACGUCGUCGCCUGAGGGAGCAGGGGAUCGGUUGUUAUGUUCCGGCAGUCAAAGAAGAGCCAAAGGAAUGGCACGGUGACGCUGCUCGUCUGGGCUUUGCUCUGCAACAUCUCGUUGACGAUUCCGAUUAUUGGAAAAAUGUCAUCUUUAGUGACAAAACUUUCUUUACGUCGGUGGAGGACACAGCAAGGCAUGUUUGGCGGCGCAUCGGCACAAGAUAUGAUGCUAGCAACAUUCAAGAGAGAGCCAGGAGCGCCAGGGUUGGAGUUAUUGCUGGGGCUGGAUGUCGAGUCACGGCCCAGGGGAACUAG